UAUAAAGCUGCUGCCUGCAGUCAUAUAUCCUCUGACAAACUGAGCAGAUUGAGCUGCCAGACAUUUUCAUCAGAGAAACACAACAUGAGAAUACUCUUCCUUCUCACAGCCAUGGCAACACUGUCCCAAGCACAGAGGGACUGUUACAGAGGGGCCUGUUACCCACCCAGCAGUGACCUGUUGCUGGGUAGGGGUCAUCUCCUACAAGCCUCCUCCACCUGCGGCCUCAGCAGCCCUGAGAUCUACUGCACCCCGUACGAACAGAGGAGGAUGAAGUGCUGUCCUUGUGACUCCAGGAACCCCCAGGGUCAGCUGGCCCACACCAUCCAGGACGUCCUGUCCAGCUCUGGACCACAGAGGUGGUGGCAAUCCAAGAAAGAUAUGAAUCCAGUCACACUGCAGCUGGACCUGGACAACCUGUACCAGCUAGACAACCUAGUACUCAGUUUCAAGGGUCCUCGUCCCAAUGCCCUGGUCAUUGAGAGGACGCAGGACAAUGGCAGGACGUGGCAGCCUGCUCGCUACAUGGCAACAGACUGUCAGAAAUCUUUUCCGGAUGUUCCCACAACAACCCCGAUCAUCUUGGACCAGACAUAUUGCACCACAUUGCCCCCUACUGACGAGACCCCAUACCAUGACCACACAAUUGAGUUCAGCCCUUUGCGUCAGUUUGCUUAUGCCCCACCUGCCAAGAGCCAAAAAGUACAAAACGUCACGGGGCUGACAGGGCUCCGGGUGAGGAUGACCGAGCUGGGUGAUGUACCUAACCUGCCUGGCAGAGCUCUCAGCAGGUUCUAUGCCCUGAAGGAGGUGAGGGUGAUGGGCAGCUGCAUGUGCCAUGGACAUGCCAACCGAUGUCUGCCAGAAGAGUUCAACAACCCGCAGUCCAACACCAUCCAGGUACACCCUCAGUGUGACUGCCAGCACAACACAGCUGGGGUGCACUGUGAGCGUUGUAUGGAGCUUUAUAAUGAUCUACCCUGGAAGCCGGCUGAGGAAGGAAACCCCCACACCUGCAGACGGUGUGAGUGUAACAACCAUGCUCAGCGCUGUCACUUUGACCCGGCCGUGUAUGAAGCCAGUGGCCAGACAAGCGGAGGAGUGUGUGAGAGCUGUCAGCACCACACCACAGGACCCAAGUGUGACCAGUGUGCUCCUGGCUACCAGCCCAACCCCCGCAGUCAGAUGGACCGCCCUGAUGCUUGCAUUCGCUGUGUCUGCAGUGCUGAGGGUUCUCUGAAUGGAGGCCGCUGUGAUGAUGUGACAGGCUCUUGCACCUGCAAGGCCAAAGUGGAAGGUCCGCGCUGCGAUCGUUGUAAGAGGGGCCACUAUGGCCUGAGCACCUCCAACCUGCUGGGCUGCUCCAAAUGUUCCUGCUCCCUGAGUGGCUCCUUGACAGACGCCUGUGACCCCCUGACUGGUCAGUGUCUGUGCCGUCCUCACUUCCUCGGCCGCACAUGUGACCAGUGCUCCAAAGGCUACUGGAAACCUUCCCAGUCAGACCGGUGUGAGCCCUGCAGCUGUGACCCCACCAGAUCAAGGAGUGAUAUCUGUGACCAGCUGACUGGUCAGUGUCUGUGUAGACCAGGAUUUGCAGGCCGAACUUGCAAUGAGUGUCCAGAUAACACGUACGGAGACCCUCUGAUCGACUGCCAGCCAUGCCGCUGUAACACUGAGGGAACUCUACCAGAAGUCUGUGAUAAACAGACAGGAACCUGUUUGUGUCGCCCUGGCAUCACUGGGACUCGCUGUGACUCGUGUGGUCCGGGCCGCUGUGACUUGUUCCCAAACUGCGACUUCUGUCCUUCUUGCUUCGUCACUCUCAACACCCAAAGAAAGAACCUCAGCUCAGCUCUCGAAAAGCUUUCUCCCAAGUUUCCAUCUCGUCCUGGAACUACUGGGGAUCUGGGAAACUUUGGAACCCGCAUCCGAGACCUGGAGGCCAGUCUCAACCUGAUCCGUGACUCCAUCAGUUUUCCACCCAACGUCACUAAAAAAGUCAACAAUGCUUUAGAUGAGUUGGACAAGCUGAGGGACCAGGUGGAUCAGGUGGACAAUGACCUCCCAUCCACACUCAGAACACCAGAUCUGAACUCUGAUUUGGUCAAAGUGCAGUCUUUGCUUGAUGACCUUACUUCUCUCUACAAGAUUAAGAAGGAUGCGGUGGACAACACUGUCAGUCCAAAUAGUGCAGGGGCAUUUAAUACCAUCAAAAAUGCCUACGAUGACUCCAACAAUGCAGUCAACAAAGUGAUAGCCAGUGGAGACAAAGUGAAGGAGUCUGCUGAUGUCAGAGGAGAAACCACAGACCUGACGAGCCAGGUCCAGCAGGGAAACACCAGAGACUUGAACAAACUGAAUAGCAGCAUGGCCUCUCAGCCUGACCUGACUCCUGUGGCCAAACAGGUAUGUGGAAGCACCCGCUCGAAGCCCUGCACCCCCCUGCUGUGUGACGGAGCAGACCUGUGCCCCCCUGAUGGAAGCCCUCCAUGUAAUAAGGGGGAGAAGUGUGUGGGGGCUCUGCCUUUGAGCAAGAGGGCGAAUGCUGAUGCCAAAGAUGUGAAGGACCGCCUGGACAAGCUCACCGGGAAGAUCACUGACACUGCAGAGAAGCUCCAGAAAACACAGGAGAAGACCAAUCAGGUGAGACAGUCUGCCGGUAAACUUUCUGAUAAAAUAAAGAAGGCCAGAGAUGAUCUGGAGGAUGACCUGAAGGAGACCAGAGAUAUUGUGACGGAGCUCAAAGACUUUCUGUCAGACCCGACCUCUGACCCAGCCCACAUCCAGAAGUUGAGUGACUGGAUACUGAAGGCUAAGCUCCCCCUUAACCUGGUCACUCUGAAGAGGAAGCUGGACGAGCUGAAGAAUCUGGCAGAAAACCUUCCAGACAGCAGCACCGUGCUGCAGGAUGCCGAACCGCAGCUUGACACGGCCAGGAAGCUGCUGGAGGAAGCCCAAGACGCAAGGGACAAAGCCCUGGAUGGUAAAGAUGACGUGGACAAGCUUCUGGCAGGAUUUCAACCAGUGGAGAACAGUCUGUCUAACCUGGAGGGCCAACUGCAGGACAGCAUGGACCUCAUUGACAACCUCAACAACAAUCUGACUCAGGCCAGAGAUCAGCUGAGCCCAGUUGAGAAGGCCUUGAACAAUGCAUUGAUUCAGAUCCAGCCACUGAAACCGAAACUCGAUGAGCUGAAAGGCCUGCUGCAGAACGGAGAGCAACUGGCAAAGGAUGCACAGGAGGAUGCAGACAAAGCUGAGAAGGAAAUUAAAGCUGCAAAUGAGGAGCUGGAGACGGUGGAGAAGCAGCUGGAUCGUCUGAAAGACGAAACUCCCACUCAAAUGGGGGGAGAGGAAGGGUCACCCGCAGACCGACUGUCCAAACUGAUGGAGGGCACCGGAGUUCUGGCUAACAACACAGACACCAUGCUGAAAGAUCUGGAAGGAAAAGCUGACUCCUUGAAAAGCCUACAGGAUGAGAUCCUGCAGAAGUCCAUCAAGCUCCAAGGCCUGGACACCAAGCUGCAAGAUCUGCUUGCAGAACUGCGAAAGAAAGCCAAAGAUCUAAGCACAUGCCAGGGCUGAGGGUGCACACACUCACCACACAAAGACGUUGUGCUGAUGACCCCUGCUGUACAAUCUGACUUUACACACUUUAAUUCUUAAUGUAACCUGCUGCAUUUUUAUUAGCAGUAGAAGUAUUACUGAGUUUAUUUUUCAAACAAUUAAAUCACGAUAUCUUCAAAUGAACUGAGAGUUUUGUCAGUAUUAUGUUGGUUGCUGUUGGUUAUUGUAAGUGAUCUGAAUUUUCUGCUCUAUCUGCUUUGUUUUUUUUUUUUAGGGUUAAUGUGGCACCUUUUCUUUAUGUUUGUUUUUUUUCUUUAUGUUUGUGCUGAUUACACACUGUAUAAAGAUUCAUUCUUAUUGUUUCGUAGACAAACCCUGUGAGCUCAGAUUUGAUAUUAGAGGUGAGGUUUUGACUGGAAUCAUUUUCAUACUGAGCAUAUCACACCAUGUUUCCAGCGGGCGCAACGCAAAUUUUUUGCACGAUGAGAUUACAUACAAAGUCAAUGUAAUGACGCAAUUGUCGUUCAAUCUUGAGCGGCGAGCAUUUCCAGCGAAAAAUUUGCGUGCCCGUCGACUUGCACUGCCACUUGCCGCCGCCCGCUGCUCGACAAUCACCGCCCGCCACUUCAUCGUUUGUUGCUCGUCGCUCGAGUUGAAAUAAUUCAACUUUUCAAGCGAAUUCGAGCCAGGACAGCCUAUCAGCGGCGAGCGGAAAGCGACAUGCGCAAUUUCACCGAGCUCUGACCGCCUCCAUAGGGUAGCAUGCAUCCAGAAGUGAUGCCGGCACCUCACCCGCGACUGUAGCUGACUUCUCCAUGCCAAAUACAGAGCAGCAAUGGUGGUAGGCAGAGCCAUCUCAAUCUCAAUCUUUAUUUGUAAAAACACUUCUCAUAUUCAUAAAAACAACAAAAAGUGCUGAACAGUAAAAACAGUCAU